AUGUCCGAUCAUCAAUCUCCGGCCGGUGACAACCAACCCUUCAUAGUACUCAAUCCCGACGGUUCAUGCACUCGUUUCAUAUCCUUCCCAUGCUCCCCUUCCACACCGGAUCAAGAUUCCAACAACCCUGUGCUCAGUAAAGAUGUAGCCAUCAACGACAAUUUGUGCAAAACCGGCGUUCGAAUUUAUCUCCCAAAAGAAACCCUAAUUACUUCCGUCGGAAAGCUUCCUCUCGUCGUUUACCACCACGGCGGUGGCUUUGUUCUAUUUAGUGCAGCAACAACCCCCAUACACAAUUUCUGCAACCAUCUAGCAGCGCACCUCGCCGCCGUGGUGGUGUCAGUGGACUACCGCCUGGCACCCGAACAUCGCCUCCCAGCAGCCUACGAUGACGGGAUGGAGGCUUUGCAUUGGAUCAAGUCAUCAAAAGAUCCAUGGUUGACCGACUUCGCUGACUUUUCCGAUUGUUAUCUAAUGGGAAGCAGUGCCGGUGCAAACUUAGCCUAUCAUGUAGGAGUUCGUGCAUCCCGACAACUUCACGAUCUUGAGCCCUUGAAAAUCAAAGGGGUGAUCUUGCACCAUCUGUUCAUCGGAGGAGUGGAGCGGACAGGGGCGGAGAUCCGUUUGGCUGACACCGGGGGGAUGCUGACUUUAUCAAGAUGCGAUGCAAUGUGGGAUUUAAGUCUGCCUGUUGGUUCAAGUCGGGAGCAUGAGUAUUGCAACCCAAUGGCGGGUGGUGGCCUAGAUGAUGUGAUGGGUGGGAUGAAGAAGGUGGGUUGGCGGGUGAUGGUGACGGGUUGUUAUGGGGAUUUGUUGAUCGAUCGUCAAAUGGGGUUCGCAAAGAUGUUGGAGUUGAAGGGUGUGGAGAAUGAGUGUUUCCUUGGAGAAGGUUAUCAUGGAAUCGAAUUGUAUGACGAAUUGAAAGCCAAUGAGUUGUUCGACGCCAUUUCUGAUUUCAUGUCUUCAAUUACUAUUCACAAACAUUAAUCGACGGAUGGUUGAUGAAACCACGUCAUAUAUAUCGUGUGAUGAUAAAAAAAUACGAGUAAUAAAGGAAAAAUUAGAGUUUCGUUAUCAAA